AUGGCUGCAUCCCAACCGCACAUCGCGGCGCGAGGCUAUGGCACAAAUACGACAUACAUUUACGAAUACUCCCGGGGGCUAGGAGGUGUGGAUGUCCCCCGCGAUGUCAUUAUCACUCGGAUCAUCUACUCCUCGGUCGUGAUACUGGCUUUUGGUGUCUUCUGUGGGCGGAUAGCGCAAAUCAGCCAUGCAUUUCUCCGUCUGACCAGUUCUUUCACGGCAAACAGGAGGCAGCAGACUUUCUGGAGCCAGGAGCGAUCGACAUGGUGGGCCAACACAAAGAAAUAUCUGCUCUACGCUCCACUGGGUCGGAAGAGACACAACAGGGAGAUCCAGCUAUCCUCAGCGAUUGGUAUCGGCACAUUACCAUCCCGUUUCCAGACAAUCUUGGUCACUCUCUACUUCGCCAGUCAGGUGGUGUAUUGCCUGUUUUUGGACUACGCAGUCAACGAGAAAGCAGCUUUGAUAGCGGAGCUCCGUGGACGCUCUGGGACGCUGGCCGUCCUUAAUAUGGUGCCACUGUUUCUCCUCGCAGCUCGCAAUAACCCCCUGAUCUCGAUCUUACGUAUUAGCUUUGAUACGUACAAUCUCCUUCAUCGAUGGCUUGGUCGUAUCGUAGUGAUCGAAUCCCUCGUUCACACGGCUGCUUGGGCAGUCAAUGCAUGCGCAGAGCAAGACGUGACUGACAUGCUUGCGCGUCUGAGAGAUACACCAUUCUUUAGCUGGGGCCUGCUGGGAACAGUGGCGAUGCUCUUCCUCGGUCUGCACUCCCCGUCACCGAUUCGCCAUGCAUUCUACGAGACCUUCCUUCAUCUCCAUCAACUCGCCGCCUUGCUCGCCUUCCUCGGUGUAUACGCCCACCUCAAUCUAGACAGCCUGCCCCAGCGAAGCUGGGCUCAUGUCAUCGCGGUCAUCUGGCUGGUCGAGCGAAGCCUCCGCCUGUUCCGUCUAGUUUACCUCAACUUCUCGCCCAAACACGGCUCGACAAAUAUGACUGUUCAAGCUCUCUCGGGUGAAGCAUGCCGAGUAACCUUCCACCUCCCCAAGCGCGUCGAUAUCAAGCCAGGUUGCCAUGUCUACGCCUACAUCCCCAGUGUGUCCUGGUGGAUGUCACAUCCAUUCUCCAUCGCUUGGUCCGAAUCCAGCAGCAAGAGCAGCCCCUCGACCGCCAUGGCGAAGCACAUUCAAGACACCAAGACCAAGUCAUCCCCACCCAUAAGCCCCUCGACACUAGAAAAACAAUCAUUCGACCUGGACGCCUACCUCGAACCCGCCCACAACCCAACCCAAGUCUCCCUCAUAAUCGGCGCCCAGCAAGGCAUGACCCGCCGUCUCUACAACAUGGCCAACGCAAGCCCUCUCAAGACCCUUCAGCUACCCGGCUACAUCGAAGGACCAUACGGCUCACAUCCGGCAAAUGCAGCCAGCUACGGCACAGCAGUCCUUUUCUCUGCCGGUGCAGGCAUCACCCACCACCUCCAAUACACCCGCGACCUGGUACUCCGCGCCUCGACGUCCUGCGCUGCAACCCGCCGCGUUUACUUGAUCUGGUCCGUCCGAUCAACCGACCACCUCGCCUGGGUAAGCCAAUGGAUGGACGAGAUCCUGCGUCUCCCGCAGCGCCGCGAGAUCCUCGUCGUCAAACUAUUCGUUUCAAAGCCACGACGUGCAGCAGACAUCGUCUCCCCCUCUUCGACGGUCCAGAUGCAUUCUGGUCGGUGUCGGCCGGAUGUUGUGCUAGACGAGAUUCUCCCGGUGCGAGUCGGUGCGACGCUUGUUUCAGUGUGUGGGCCCGGUGCCUUUGCGGAUGAAGUUAGAGCUGCGACAAGGGAUAGAAUUGGCAAGGGGGCUGUGGUGGAUUUUGUGGAGGAGGCUUUUACGUGGUAG